GUCCCGGCUGCCAAGAGGCGCGUCCCCACCCGGGGAAAAGCCAUUUCGCCGCCUAUGGCCGGAGCGGCCUCGCUGCCUUCGGACGAGGAACCCCUCGCUUCCUUCACAAGGAAACCGAAGCUGAGCUUCCAAAGCCAGAGAGAACCGAAGGGAGCGGGUAUCGCCGGGCUCCGCGCUGCCCCGCGUUAGGCCGCGUCUCCAGGGCCGGGCGCGUUGCUAUGGCGGCCCCGCCCCGCCCCUCGCCGCUGCGUCCCAACAUGGCGGCGGGCGGCGGGCGGCCGGGGCUGCUGCUGCUGCUGCCGGUGCUGCUGGCCCCGCUGCUGCUGUUGCUGCUGCUGCUACCGGCGGCAGCGCGGCUGUACCGGCCGGGUGAGGACCCGCUGACCGUGCUGUCGGCCGGUUCGGUGAGGCAGGCUCUGCUCAACUCCUCGGCCGCCUGGGUAGUGCAGUUCUACAGCUCGUCCUGCGGCCACUGCAUCGCCUUCGCCCCCACCUGGCGGGCCCUGGCUGGGGACGUCAAAGACUGGGAAUCUGCAAUUAGAGUGGGUGUGCUGGAUUGUGGAGAUGAAGAGAACUUUGAGACGUGCAAAGAAUACGGUGUUCACUAUUACCCAACUGUCAGGUACUUCAAAGCAUUUACAAAGCAGUUUACUACUGGAGAAAAUUACAAAGGAGCAGACAGAGAGCUGCAGACAGUUCGUCAGAUGAUGGUUGACUUCUUACAGAACCACUCCCAAGAGGUGAGGCCGCCUGCUUGCCCACCAUUGGAUCCUGUUUUGCUCCCUGAUGUUGCUUCUCUUUUGGACAAGAAGAGCCAUCACUACACUGCCAUUGUGUUUGAAAACAGUAACUCCUAUGUUGGACGAGAGGUUAUCUUAGACUUGAUCCAGUAUGAAAACAUCAUUGUAAAGAGAGCAUUGGAUUUUGAUAAGCCCUUUCUUGAGAAACUUGGUAUUACUUCAGUCCCUUCAUGCUAUCUGGUGCAUCCAAAUGGGUCCCAUGGGUUAAUUAACACUUUGAAGCCUCUACGGUCUGUCUUUUCUUCGUAUUUAAAGUCACUGCCAGGUGUAAGGAAAAAGCUUCUUUUGCCACUUCAGCUCCCUGCUCAAGAAAACAAGGAAAGUACAGAAAUCAAGGUGUGGAAAGAGUUUGAUAAGUCCAAGCUGUACAUGGCUGACCUUGAGUCAGGAUUGCAUUACCUGCUCAGGGUAGAGCUGGCUACACACAAGACACUGGAGGGAGCUGAGCUGAAGACCUUCAAGGAUUUUGUUACUGUCUCUGCCAAGCUUUUUCCUGGCCGUCAGCCUGUGGUGAAGUUGUUAGAGACCUUACAAGAGUGGCUGGUGAGCCUUCCAUUAGACAAAAUCCCUUAUGAUGCUAUCCUGGAUCUGGUCAACAACAAAAUGCGGAUUUCUGGGAUAUUUCUUGCUAAGAAGAUUCAGUGGGUUGGGUGUCAGGGCAGCAGACCAGAGCUGAGAGGUUAUACCUGUUCCCUUUGGAAGCUGUUUCACACCCUCACUGUUCAAGCUGCACUGAGACCAAAAGCUUUGAUGAAUACAGGUCUUGAAGACAAUCCCCAAAUAGUACUUCAGGUCAUGAGGAGAUACAUUCACCACUUUUUUGGAUGCAAGGCUUGUGCUCAGCAUUUUGAAGAAAUGGCUAAGGAGUCCCUGGAUUCAGUUCAGACCUUAGACAAGGCUGUUCUCUGGCUCUGGGAGAAGCACAACGUUGUGAACAGCAGGCUGGCAGGAGAUUUGACUGAAGAUCCAAAAUAUCCCAAAGUUCAGUGGCCAACUCCAGAUAUGUGUCCUGCAUGUCAUGAAGAAAUUAAAGGAUUACACAGCUGGAAUGAAGCUGAAGUUCUACAAUUCUUGAAGGAUCACUAUAACAGUGAAAAUAUUCUAUAUAAAUACAUUGAAAGCCAGACUGACUCCAUUGAAACUGAGCAGGGAGAUGCAAAGGAGGUGAAGGACAAAAGCCUCCUGAAGAAACCUAGUGGAAAUAGAGAAAAUAAGAUCCAGGAUAAAGAAAACAUUCUAGAUUCCGACUCAAAGGUGUUAGAUAAGCUCAUAGCAAACCAUGGACCUGUCAAGGAUAGCAGUAAAGGUGCAGUUGGCUCAGCUACCCUUAAAGAGAUGAAGCAGACUGUGUCUUUCUUAGGGAUUGGAUUCUCAAACCUAGACAUGAGUCUGUGUGUCAUACUGUAUGUAGCAUCCUCCUUGUUUUUAAUGAUCAUGUACUUUUUUUUCCAGAUGCGCUCGAAGCGUUGGAAGGUGAAGUCUCACCGUUCAUCUGUCUAGGAGUUUGAUCCAGAAACAAAGCUUUCCUUGUAUGUGGCUGUUCAGUACCAGACACAGCUAUGAUAUUUAUGAUCAGGGAUUUUAUAUACAGUAUUCCUUGUUUAAAACCCCUUUCUUCUCAAGUCAUUUCACAAGUGUUCUAACUUCACGUCCAGAGCUCGCUGUAAGGACCCAAACCUUUGACUGAGGCACACACUGAGUGCUGCCAGAAAAUGGCCACUGAAGUAAGCAUUGCAUUUUCCAGGCAAGAUUUUUCUCUGGCUUAUCAUCUAUGUCCUUUACUCAGUCUCAGAGUAAACAUUACAUUAUGCAAUCAACUCUGCCUGGUUUUCGAAGGGAAUUGGAUAUUGUUUUGUGUACUUCAAGUCAGGGUGUUGUUUUUUCUUUUAAUUUUUUCCAGAGCUCAUUUUACCUACCAGAGUACUAAACAGCUAUGCUGUUACCUGGGGAGAAGCAAGAAUUCUGUUUUUUUUUUUUUUUUUCAGAAAACACGAGUUCUAAUCUGAUGAAACCAACUCUAAAUUUCUAAGCCUAUACAACUUUCUCAAAUAUUAUUUACACUUCAGAUUUAAAGUAGAAAGCACAGCACGUCCAAGGAAGUCUUCCAUUCUCCUGUGCAUUCCAGCCAAGGAUGUGUAUGUCUCUGCUAGGAUGAGAACUUCUGGGGCAGCUUGUGUCUCAGUAAACUACCUAAUUCUGAUUGCUAAUGCAGUCUUCUAUUUUAAUGGAGCUGAGAGGUAAACAAGGGCAGGCUCAGACCCAGUGCUUCAUUUGCUUCUCUGUUGGAUGCAUUGAUGGAGUGUGAGAUAACACACCUCACUCAGAUAUGAACCAGAAAAGGAGCUGAGUAAUUAUUGGAACUCAGUUCUGGUUAAGUCCAGCAAAGGGAGACUUUCUAAUGAAGGACAGGGAGAUUUGCAUCACCAUGCCAGAACAAAUGCAUAGAACUGGGAAUACUGAGUUCUCUGUGAUGUUGGAUAACUCCCUUACAUGUAGUAACUUCUCUUCCUCUGAGGGGGGGUAAACACUUCACCUGGUUUUUCCAGUCCUGAGCUCACAGAGAGUGUCACCUGCUGGGUGUAAAGUUGUCAGUAUUUGGAAGAACAGCCCAUUUCUCCUGCCUUUCCUUCUGUUGGGGUGCUCUUCUCUUUGGGUCAAGAAAGGUUCAACUGAAGGGUUAGGCUGAGCUGCUCUGUUCUGGGCUGGGGCAGCAGCUGGGGAUGGGGUCGUUCCCUUUAUAGAUCUGGGUAGUUGGGGUCCUGCCUGGCAGCAAUUAGAAGAAACCAUGAGAACUGUUACUGUAUCUUCCAAAAUUACUAUUUGGAAUAGGAGUUCCUCUCUGAUCUUAGCUGUGGGGGAUAAUUCAUGUCCUGGAUAGUGAAGUUUAUAAUCCUAUCCAAUGUAAUUGAGCAUGUUCUAGUUAUCCAUUACCUAAUCUUUAGUUAAUCCUAAUAGGUUUUGGCCUCAAUGUUUUCUUGUGGCAGUGAGUUCUCCAGAUUAAUUAUGUUAUAUAAAAAGGCUUUUCCUUUCAAUUCUACAUUUGCAACUUUUAAUUUAAUUGAAUGUUUGCUGUCUCUUCUGUUAUGUGAGAAGGAAUAGUCCCUGGCCAAUUAGCUGCAUGUGUACUGUCAGUGUGUCCUCUUAUACCCAUCAUAAGCCCUAGCAUAAAAAGUUUUAAAAUCCUAGCAACAAGAACGGUCUUAAAAGCACAAAAAAACUGAACAGGGAGAUUUUUUCAUAAACCUUCUUUGUUCACAAAACAGAAUGUUUCUGACAUGAGCUUCUGCAGCUUCCCAU